AUGUCCUCUCAAUCCCCCAACCCCCAAUCUGAUAGCCGUCUCUCCACCCGGAUAUCAAUCCGCUGGAUCCCCGAACCGGCCUCCGAAACCACCGACACCGUCGUGAUGUCCGUGAAAGGCUGGUACGUUGAUCUCCGCGUGGAUAAGACCUCAGGUGAUAUCGACUGGGCCAUUGCGGGGCAACGGAUCGUGGAUAGUCAGGAGUCUAGUCGCGUUCAAUUCACACAUGAAAUCGACUCGCACAAUUCGUUCAACGUGGCUGACUGCGGGACGUUCUCUGCCCUGCCGAACGGCGAUGAUCUGGAAAUCGGGUCAAUGACGAGGCCCGAUAAGCCCGGUGCGCCUGUGACUAAAUACGAGGAAGUGUGGAGAGAAUUGACCUUCCGAGAAGGCCCGGAGGGUCUGGGGAAAGGUAUCUCGUGGGUUCUUGAGUCGAAGCAUAAUAUCGAGGAGGGUGAAGAGAAAGAGGUGGCUAGAACAUUCCUGGCUAGAGUUUGGGGUACCUACAUUGUUAUCCGUCAAACACAGAAUAUCGGACGAUCGCAUAGCUCUGGCGACAUCUCCGUGAAGGAUGGCAUGGGUGUCAGUGCUCGACGAGAAGAAUGGGAUUCCUCUGCCGGAUGGGUCCCACGAUAUGUACUCCCCGGCAAGGGGGAGGAGCUCCCAUCUAUGAAGAAUCUCGACGGAGAAGGCACGGGUGCGUGGCGCACUCCAGGGGCAACAGUGAUAGUCUCUGGCGAGAAAUAUACAGUUCAAGCAUUUGAAGAGAUUGUGUAA